CACGAGCGGGUACGGGUGUGAAUAGAGGCAUCUGAGUGUACUGGACUUUUUGCAUUACUACAAGCUAUUUCGGCAACCAUGUCACAGGAAAGCGCUGUGGCAAGUUCGGCGCUGGACAUGCGGCUAAUCCCCGAGUUCGAUGGCGGUAACGCCUCUGUGGAAGAGUGGCUGGAUAAGACGGAGCUCGUCUGUCAGCUGCGCGGAGUGUCCGACAUUCAAACCGUCGUCCCCCUGCGGUUGACCGGCGGAGCCUUCAGCGUCUACCAGCAGCUGAAGCCCGAGGAGAAGCUGCAGUACUCUGCCGUCAAAGCUGCCCUGCUGCGGGCGUUCGCUGUGGAUAAGUUCCAGGCGUACGAGGAGUUCACGGCGAGAAGACUUCGUGUCGGCGAGAGCGUCGACGUCUACCUGGCAGACCUGCGGCGGCUGGCCUCCCUGUUCGGCGGGCUCGGCGACACGGCGCUGAUGUGCGGCUUCGUGGCCGGUCUCCCGGAUGCGGCGAGGCAUACCUUGAGGGCCGGCUGCCGCAUGGAGAGCCUGACGCUGGCCGAGCUGGUGGAGCGGGCUCGGGCGCUGAUGGCAGAGAAUGCCGUCGCUGCAGCCGCUGCCGCCGCUGCGCCGGCCCGUUCCCGCCACACGCCGGCGUCAUCACGGUGUUACCGCUGCGGUCGAGCCGGUCACUUCGCUCGUGACUGCCGGGCGGAGAGGAGAGCGGACAUCAUCUGUUUCCGGUGCGAGCAGCCAGGACACGCCGCAGCCCAAGAGUAAGAGGCGCG